UUACAGCUGACAUCAGAUCUGAGUGUUUGCAUUGGAUUUCAGUGUCAGCCCUGGAGGUGUGGCUUAGCAGGGGCACUGUUUCAGUCCUCUGAUCCAGCCGAGGCAGUUCCCUCCUAGAAGAUACUCACUCCCCUUGGCUGUGCUAUACUGCUUGCAUCUGACUCCUCCCUCCUGCAGCUCAGAGCAGCACAGGGUGAAUCCAGCAGCCUCUCAUUUCUGUUGUUUCUCCCUGAGCUACUAAAGCUUGAACAUACCUGAUGUUCUGCCUUCAUUUCAGCUGAACUCGUGAGUAAGGCACCUUGCUUGAUACCUGUCAAAACUGAAUGGCUCGUUAUUGCCUGAAGAACCUGAAUUAACCAUCUUCCAGUACUUACAGGAUUUUGAAGAAUUGCUUUUUUUUUUUCUUCCUCAGCACCUUUGAUACUUCAUUGUUGCCUGAUUUUUCAAGAGCAUGAGUUGUUCUGGUUAUCAAGGGUGCUUUCACCUGAAUAUUUAUUCAUCAGAUGCCAUGAAAGAGGGUCUAGGAAAAGAAAGAAACUUGUGAAACAAAGAAACUUGAUACGUGGAGCUAACAGUCUUGAUUUCAGCUGGCAAAAACUUGGAGAGUCGGUGAGAAGGCAGAGGAAAAGAUUUGCCAAGGACAAUGUCGGUAAUACCCAGUAAUUUGUCACUUAGUGGGAUGAGCUCCUUCACUGAAAAUCAUAGCAUUAUGGAUAAGCCUCACGAGCAGAGAACUUUGAAUGUUUUUCUAUUCUGCUUGACUUUUAUCAUUGCAUUCACAGCACUUCUGGGCAGCAUUUAUUCACUAGUUUCCCUGCUGAAAAUACAAACCAGAACCACAGUUUCAAUGAUUGUGACCUCUUUGUCAAUAGAUGAUUUGAUCAGCAUUGUGCCAGUGAUUAUUUUCAUGCUCACCCAGUGGUCAAGUGAUGUCCUCCCCCAGCCUCUGUGCACCACCUCAGCUCUUAUAUAUUUAUUCCAGGGCAUUUCUAGCAACCUGAAAGGAUCUCUUAUAGUUUCUUACAACUUUUACACCAUCAGCAAAACUGAGACAAUGAGCUGCAGCACUUCCAAGCAACGAGUGAACAUGGUAUGGGCCAUUCUUACCAUCUGGAUUGUCAGUUUGCUCAUCUGCAUUUUGCCUCUUUGUGGCUGGGGCAAGUACAUCCCUACCUCCUGGGGCUGCUUCACUGACUGUGCCAGUUCCUACAUCUUGUUUUUAUUUAUUGUCUACUCACUGUGCUUUUGCCUUCUCACAGUGCUGUCUGUUCCUCUAACUUACCAGCUGUUGUGCUCCGAUGAGCAGCAGCUAUUAUGUGGGGAUUACCAGGAAGUCUCUGGAGGCUAUAUAACCCCUGGGACACCUGCAGGCUGCAGUACUGCUAUUCCAUCUCUGUCACCAGUGGACCCUGUGGAUAAAACUCUGAGGCAUUUCCAAAACACAUGUCCAGUCUUGGAGGCAGUUUUUAGAAAAGGUGUGGCUGGAAGCAGUGCACUUGAGCACCACUGCAUGAGCAACAUACAGAGCAGAAGCUUCAUGGUGGGCUUUGCCCAGAAACGAUUCUCACUGAUUCUUGCAUUGACAAAAGUCAUCCUCUGGCUUCCAAUGAUGAUACAAAUGGUUGUCCAGCACAUCACUGGUUUCCAGAGCCUUUCGUUUGAGACGCUUAGUUUCCUGCUGACUUUGCUGGCUGCCACAGUCACCCCAAUAUUCACCAUGUCAGAACACUGGAUCCACCUGCCCUGUGGCUGCAUCAUUAACUGCAGGAGGAAUUCUUAUGCAAUGUCUUCAGAAGAAUUCAGAACCAAACGUAGAGGUUUCGAAUUCAACCUGUCAUUCCAGCAAGGUUAUGGAAUCUACAAAAUCUCCCAUGAAAAUCACCACCACCACCACAGUGGGGAUGGUCAGUCUACAUCCUGUCACAACCUGGUGAGUGAUGACACCAAUAACUCUAAAGAACCUGGGAGCAGAAGCACUGACCUCCACCACUGUGGGACAGAAGCAUUCAGCAUCCUGGCCCUGGCGGAAUGCUCCCAGGAUGUCCCACCAGGACCAGUGGCCAGGCAGGAGUCCAGCAAGGAUUGGGGCACCAAACUCCUCCUUCCUGACAAGUGGGGAACCCUUGACAGAGAAGAGGGCAGAAAUACUGAGCAGUCAGCUUUCUCUGAAGGACCAGAAAGGAGGCUGUCGCAGGAGGAAAACCGUAAACCUGAGCUCACAGAUUGGGAAUGGUGCAGGAGUAAAUCAGAAAGGACCCCUCGGCAGCGAUCAGGUGGGGCCUUGGCUGUCCCUUUGUGUGCAUUUCAAGGAACUGUAUCUCUUCAGGCACCCACAGGAAAAACACUGUCUUUAUCCACCUACGAGGCCCAUGUGAAGCUAAUACUUCUCUCAGCAGAACUCCAAGAGCACAUGUCACUUGCAGAGAGUUGCAGGAGUCCCUCUGUCUCACAGCAAGAACACUACUGGGUUUUAUGCCAUAUAUAUUCUGCUAGUAAACUUGUCAUCACUUCUCCUUGGGUGGAUCCUCCUGCUUCAGGUCUGAGAGUUACAACAGAUGUGUGACUCCUUAAGAGAGGAAUCAGGAGCUAUUCAAGGUGGCCAGACUUGGAGACUGAGCUUAGACAUCGACCUAAAGAGAGUGCUCUGGUUACCUAAAGUGGGUCCCAACCUGUAUUACCCUCAGGAGGAGCCUGUCUCUAGUGACUUACAAGGAAACUAGAACUAAGUAUAAAGCCAAGAUAAAAUCAACAAAUACUGUAAUUUGUGUCAAAUUCAGAUAAGCCUAGAUGGAAGCAGUGGAAACAAUGGAGCUGUCAAGUCUUACAUGACAUUUGCAGCAUAUGCUUGAAAUGCCACUGCAUUUUGACUGAAUGCUCUUUUUCUGAGGGUUUGUCAUUCAUUUCAGUUAAACAGAGAUAAAUAUACUCUGAGGACUUUCAGUGGUUUAAUUAAAAUUUACACUGUUUAUUAAGGAAUAGAUUUAAUUUCCAGUGGCACGCAUGACAACAUAACCAUUUAGGUGUCUGCAGUCACACUGUUUUCCAUUUGGUGGGAACAUACAAGAGAAAAUAAGCACAAUCCAAUCAGGAUUCUGUUAUGGGUUAUGAACAGACAGAGCAAAAGGGCCAACUGCUGUGUCUGAUCACACUUGGCAUUUGAUACGGAGGCAUGAAAACAAGCAGAUGACUUGCCUCCUCACUUCACCAAUGUAAGUCAGGCCUGCCAUCACAAUUGGUGGGGCUGUGCUGGUGUGACAGUGAUGUAGCACUAAAGAAAAUCAGGGUCAAAGUCUGCAGGUUGCUAUGAUAGAGAUGGAUCACUCUGCAAGUUGUGGUUUCUGCAUGCUGCCUUUUGAAGGUGAAAAGGGCUCUCAUAUGAAUGCCUCAAGGCUUUUGGUUCCACUAAGAUGCUAUGUUGUGUUUUGGAUUUAACUAGAAUAUAAGGAACAACCAGUGGUAAGUCUAUUGAAUAAAUCUCUAUCCAUACACAUAGAGCAGAGAGACACAUUCUGCUUGCUCUGAAGAUUCUGCUUUCCUUCAUGUUCUGUUGAGGGAAUGCAGAAAGUAUCGUUAUAGCAGCAGACACACUUGAUCCAGAUAAAGGUAGCAAAGUUGUGGCAAAGGAUGCAGUGCAACACAACUUCAGUUUGCUCAGGUGUGAGUUUUCCUUGGGAGUGAUUUCAACUAUGUCAACAAGAUUACAUGCUGAUGUGUUAAUCUCUGAUGGACAUGUUUAUAAAAGGUUAAUAUUUGAAGGCAUUAAAAUUCUGUAUAGCUGUGACACAAAGCUUGGCCUAAUUGUAGAGUGUUGCCUUGCAGCUGUAAUAAAACAUAGAUUUUAUUU